CUUUUCCCACCCCCAGGCGCGGAAGGAGGAAGCGGCGGUGGUUCCCAGCGGGGGGCCGGGGGAGGGCCCGGUGCCGGCGGCUCCUGCUCUCCUGUGAAAACAGGUAGUUCUGUCAGUCUGGUGGAAGAAGUGCUCCAUUGCUGGCUUAUCCAGAGGCAGCUGUUUUACAUCUCCCAGGCUCCUGUAGGAAGGAGCGAAGGAAAAGUUUGUAGUAGGAGCUUGCCCGAAGAUCCGAAGAUUCACUGUAUUUUCGACUAAUGCAGCUACUCUGCUACUUUUUCUGAAUUUCAAACCAAAAUUCAUAAGCUCUUUUAAAAACUUUUUACUUGUACGUUACAUUCUGGUUCCAACUUGACUUUUAUUUUUCACCCUCUCUUUUUCACACUGGAGAAAUAUGGAUGUCAAGAGUAGAAAUUACUUACUUAUGAAUCGCCAAGCAUUGGAAAAAGACAUCAAGACCUCUUAUAUUAUGGAUCAUAUGAUUUCUGAUGAAGUACUAACAUUGCAGGAGGAGGAGAGAGUGAGACAACAGAGUACACAGAGGGAGCGAGCAGCUAUGCUAAUAAACAUCAUCCUAACAAAGGAUAAUAAUUCAUACAGAUCCUUUUAUAAUGCACUACUUCAUGAAGGGUACAGAGAUCUUGCUGCGCUUCUUCAGGACGGCAUACCUGCCAUCUCCUCCAGAAACGGAAAGAGUUCGGUGGAUGGAAUGACUUCGUAUGUUAAGACAGUUCUCUGCGAAGGAGGUGUACCACAGAGACCAGUUGUGUUUGUCACUCGACCAAAACUAGUAGAUGCUAUUAAGCAGAAACUGCGCUGCUUGGGGAGUGAUCCAGGCUGGGUCACAGUUUAUGGAAUGGCAGGUUGCGGGAAGACUGUUUUAACAGCAGAAGCUUUAAAGGAUCAUCAGCUUUUGAAAGAUUACUUUCCAGGGGGAGUUCACUGGAUCUCGGUUGGAAAACAGGACAAAGCAGGGCUCCUGAUAAAACUUCAAAAUCUCUGUAGUAGAUUGGAACAUGACUCUACUCUUUCACAAAGACCACCACUUAAUGUUGAGGAGGCUAAAGAUCGUCUUCGUUUGCUGAUGCUACGCAAAUAUCCCAGAUCUCUCUUGAUCCUGGAUGACAUUUGGGAUUCCUGGGUAUUAAAAGCAUUUGAUAAUCAAUGUCAGGUUCUUAUCACCAGCAGGGACAGAAGUGUAACAGAUGCUGUAGCUGGCAAUAAAUAUGAGGUUCAUGUGGAAAGCGGACUAGCACAUGAGAAAGGAUUGGAGAUUUUAUCCCUGUUUGUGAAUAUGAAAAUAUCAGAACUGCCAGAACAAGCUAACUGCCUUGUAAGGGAAUGCAAAGGUUCUCCUCUUGUGAUAUCCUUGAUAGGUGCAUUGUUACGAGACUUCCCUAAUCGCUGGGAAUACUAUCUCAGACAGCUGCAAAAUAAACAGUUUAAAAGAAUAAGAAAAUCUUCUUCUUAUGAUUAUGAAGCCCUUGAUGAAGCAAUGUCUAUAAGUGUUGAGCAACUGAAUGACAAUUAUAAAGACUACUAUAAAGACCUCUCUAUCCUCCCAAAAGAUGUUAGAGUACCUACUAAGGUUCUCUGUAUUCUUUGGGAUAUGGAAACCGAAGAAGUUGAGGAUAUACUACAGGAAUUUGUUAACAAAUCACUAUUGUUCUGUGAUCGUAAUGGGAAGUCAUUCCAUUAUUAUUUACAUGAUCUUCAGCUUGACUUUCUCACAGAGAAGAAUCGUAACCAGCUUCAGGAGCUACAUAAAAAUAUAGUAAAUCAGUACAAGAAGUAUUACAAACUUAAUACACCUGUUCCAUCUCAAGAGGACUGCAUGUACUGGUAUAACUUUCUAGCAUAUCACAUGGCUGGUGCCAACAUGCAGAAGGAACUCCGUGAUCUUAUGUUUUCUCUAGAUUGGAUUAGAGCUAAAACAGAAUUGGUAGGGCCUGCUCAUCUGAUUCAUGAAUAUGUAGAAUAUAGUACAAUCCUUGAUCAAAAGGAUAGCACAGUACGUGAAAACUUCCAGGAAUUUCUGUCUUUAAAUGGGCACCUUCUUGGACGGCAACCAUUUCCUGACAUUAUACAGCUGGGUCUUUGUCAGCCAGAGACAUCAGAGGUGUAUCAACAAGCCAAGCUACAUGCUGAAAGAGAAACAGGAGCAUUUUAUUUGGAGUGGAUAAAUAAAAAGUCCUUGAAAAACCUCUACCGUCUCGUGGUGCGUCCACAUAGAGAUGCAGUAUACCAUGCCUGCUUUUCUAAGGACAGACAAAGGAUAGCAUCGUGUGGAGCUGAUAAAACACUGCAGGUGUUUAAAGCAGAAAGUGGAGAGAGACUCCUGGAGAUAAAUGCCCAUGAUGAUGAAGUACUGUGUUGCGCUUUCUCUGCAGAUGGUGAAUUUGUAGCAACUUGUUCAGCUGAUAAAAAAGUGAAGAUCUGGAAUUCAAGAACAGGCCAGUGUAGGUGUGUAUAUGAAGAACACACAGAGCAGGUCAAUUGCUGCCAGUUCAAUAACAGAAGUGGUCAGUAUCUUUUAGCCACCUGCUCAAAUGACACCUUCAUCAAACUUUGGGAUUUGAACAAAAAGUAUUGUAGAAAUACGAUGAUGGGUCAUGUACAUUCCGUCAAUCACUGUAGAUUUUCACCAAAUGAUGAAUAUGUUGCUAGCUGCUCAACAGAUGGAACAGUAAAGCUUUGGGAAACACGGUCAGGAAAUGAACUGAAAAAUAUUGAGAUAAAAGACUUUUUCAGAAAUGCAGAUGAACAACCAGAUGAUGUGGAGGUUUUAGUAAAAUGUUGCUCUUGGUCCAGAAAUGGUGACAUGAUUUUGGUGGUAGCCAAAAAUAAGCUUUUGCUUUUUGAUGUCAAAACAUGUGAGUUGUUAACGCAAGUCAUUGUAAGUCAUCACAGUACGAUCCAAUACUGUGACUUUUGUCCUGGUGAUGAGUUAGUAGCAGUUGCUUUGUCUCAUUGUUCUGUUGAGUUAUGGAAUAUUAAAUCUUUAUCAAAAGUAGCAUAUUGCAGGGGACACAUGAGCUGGGUUCACUGUGUGACAUUUUCGCCAGAUGGAUCUCUGUUUCUAACAUCAUCUGAUGACCAGACAAUACGUAUCUGGGAAACAAAGAAGGUGUGCAAGUCUUCUGAUGCUGUGCUGAAAAGUGAAAUAGAUGUUGUAUUUCACAAUGGUGAAGUGAUGAUUUUAGCAAUUUAUAAUCAGAAGGAUUUACAGCUUAUCAAUGGAAAUACAGACAGUGUUAUUAUACAGACAGCAGCUCAAGAAUCCCCCAUUUCCUGCUGUUGCUUAAGUGAGGAUCUUAAAUUUGCAGCUUUUGGACAGGAGAGUGGAACAAUAAAGAUAUUACAGUUGUUGGAUGGGAAAGUUCUGAAGUCCCAGGAGGCCUACAGGACAUCUGUGCAGCAUUGUCGAUUUACCUCUGAUUGUCAAAUUCUCAUUUCAAGCGCUCAUGAUUCAGUUAUACAGGUGUGGAAUUGGCAGCUGAAUGAAUGUCUGUUUCUAAGAGGGCACAAGGAAGCAAUCAAGGAUUUUAGACUUCUGGAAAAUUCAAAACUUCUUUCUUGGUCAUUUGAUGGAACCGUUAAGGUAUGGAAUAUCAGUACUGUAAACAUGGAAAAAGAUUUUGCUUGCCAUGGAGGUGCUGUUCUUUCCUGUGCUGUUUCACCUGAUGGUACUAGGUUUUCAUCUACUUCUGCUGACAAAACUGCAAAGAUAUGGAGCUUUGAAAGCUCAUCUGUUCUUCAUAAGCUGGAAGGUCACGAAGCCUGCGUCCGGUGCUGUACUUUCUCUCCUAAUGACAAAUUAUUGGCCACUGGAGAUGACAAAGGAGAAAUAAGGAUUUGGAACGUUUUAACAGGUGCACUACUUCACCUCUGCUCCCCAGUUACUCUAGAUGAAGGAGAACCAACACAUGGUGGUUGGGUAACAGACCUCGCAUUCUCUCCUGACAGUAAAAUGCUUGUGUCAUCUGGAGGCUAUCUUAAAUGGUGGGAUGUAACUACUGGAGAAUCCUUACAAAACUUCUACACAAAUGGAACGAACCUCAAAUCGAUACAUGUGUCCCCUAAUUUCAGAGUGUAUGUGACUGUUGAUAAUCUUGGUAUUCUUUAUGUAUUACAGAAGUUGUGAUUAAUGUGCUGAACACUGGAAAGAUAAUUCUUUUUUUUUGAGCUGGAGACAAAAUUCUGGUAAAUAUUUGUCAGAUGCUCAUUAAGCUGUGAAUUAUAGAUCACUGUUGUACUCAUGAUGUUUUCAUGUGUAUUUAUGUUUUUUUUUUCAAAUGAACUUGCAUUUAAUCUUGUUUUUAAUAAGCAUUAUUAUAAUCCUUAAGACUUGAUUUGCAUCUUAAGUAUAUUGGUUCCAAUUUUGUAAGGAAAUUAUAUUAAGAUUUAUUCAGAUUAGUUGUAAUUAAUAUUAAUAGCAGUGAAGAAAUAACACAAAUGCAAUACUUUGAAAUUAUAUUUUGUGCUAAGGCUGAUGGCUAAAUGCUCUCUAGCCAUGAAGACAAUUGUAUAAGAUGCAAAAAACCUUUUUUUUACUGUGAAGCAAUGAUUUUCAUUUAGUACAGAAUGGAAAGAAUCAGGGACAUAAUUAAUUUGAAAAAUGAAACUAGCUAUCUUGGUGCUUGACAUUCAAAACGAAUCAAGUAGCUGUUCAGUUUACAGCAGCGGUGCUUCCCACUUGCAGUAAGAACCUUCAUGCUUCAAAUCUUGUGGAGAUAAAAGUGCAUUGUAACACAUAUGAGCUAUUAUUAUUAAAGGGAACAUCUUGAAUCUUGUUUUCUCAAGAAAAGAUCUGAAAGUGUCUUGAAGUGGAAGGAUCAAUUGAAGUGAAAGAGAUUGUGCUACAUUUCUAGUCAAAAGAUGAACAGAGCUAACCAGCUGCACUGAGAAUGGAAAUGGUUUGAAAGAUAUAUAUUGCAAAACAUAAAAAGGUGUGAAUUUUAGUUAUUUUUCCUUUUGGGAUAACAUUCAGUUUAUAUUAUGGAGGUAUUUUAUUGUCAUCAAUUUUGUUUACAUGGGAUUCUAUGCCCAGGAAUCUCUUGCCUGGCAAUGUGUGAUUUUCUGUUUGACUUUUGGAGUUAUUUUGGUUUGGGUUUUCUGUACAAUGUAUUUAUAGAUUCAAUAUGAGGUUGAAAUUUUAACAUUUUGUACUAAUUAUACUUGACAUAUCUUUUGUGAAUAAUUAAAUAACGAUUUUUCUUAGGUACCUAGUAAGUCUUAUUCUGGUGAAUUGCCUCAACUGCUAUGAGCAACUGCACAAGCAUUAAUAUCAUGAUUUCAAUAUUUUUGUAGUUGAUUCUAGAACAUUCGCUCCAUCUAAGAACGUGAUCGUAAAAAGUACAUUAGAAUAAUGAUACAGAAUAAUGAAAUUCUCAGUUUUAGUAUUUUUUGUGUGUAUUUCAGAAGAUUUCAUAUACAUUUUUAGUAUUUUCCUGGUUUUGACAAUCACCAUUUUUUAUCUUUUUUAACUCAAAAUUCCACCAUUUCUAAGGUUUUAUUGAAUACGGGUCAGUAUAAUGAAAGUAUUGCUGGCAAAAAUGUAAAGAGAAGAAAUUCAUUUAAAGAAAUGUGAUGUUUUGUAUUCUACGUAUGUACAGAAUUCAAUAAAGAUAAUCCAGGCAAUAUUGGCCAAAGUUGUAAA